CCCCUACAGCUGUGGUCCCUAUAUUUCCCAACACUGUCGUAAAAAGUUCACUAGCGGCACCCUUCUCCCCCGUUCUACCUCACGUGCAUUUGUUAUAAACGGAGCCGGCCAACUGCGGAGCGUUGUGGAGCUACAGUAUGUCUACCGAGGUGGGUAAUACAUCAAACACAUUAUCAUAGAACAUUGACAUGUACAUUUUUUUUUCUGUUAUCAACUAUAAAACGUAACACGGUUUGUGUGGAUAAAGCUAGCGAACGUCAAAGCUUAUUAUUAUCAUAACUAUAGCCUGAUUUACCUUCAUUGGAACUGAGAUUUCAAAUUUUAGUUUAUAACGUUAAUCGUGCAGAGAAUCCUCAAGUUGCAUUCUUUUGUAAAAGUACAAUACAUAAUUUAUAGUUUACAAUAACUGUGUUUUACCAGUUAUUAUUGAACAAUUGUAGGCCUAUCAUAAAGGAUUUAAUCGACCUAAGUAUAAAUAAUUUACGCACAAUUUUCCUUGACUACAACAUCAGAUGUUAGCUUAAUAAUUUUGAGUUUUACGGUUGACUACACUAUUUUUCCGUUUAUGAUAAUAUUACAGGAGUCAACUUCGAACUCGGCCUCGUCCGAAUUCACCCCUCAGGCUAUAGGAACCAGAAGUGCUAAAGCUAAAACUCCAAGGCAAAGGGCACCGAGGAGGGGGGGCACAAGACCCAAGGACCUAGAACCUGAUGUCCAGAGGAGGCUGAGGGAACUGCAAGAGAAACGUACACAUGAGUCCAAGGAGAAAAUUAAUUUGCUGAACCCUGGCCAGAAGCAUGCUCUCCUAGAGAAAGUACUCACAAGACUACCUGGGUUGAUGUUUGACAUCUUAUCUCUAAUGGAGGUACCACAACCACCGUACGCUGACCCAGAAGGACUUCACUGGUGCGUGUGUGGCCAUUGUCGUGAUAUGACAACAGACAUUGAGAAGGUCUGCUGUCGCCAAACCCACGAACAUUGCAUCAGUAACAUGGCAUACAUGGCUUACUAUGUAUUAGACGAGGGGGUGUUGCGACUGGCCCGUGGAGCUUGGAAUGACAUUUUUGCAAUAAAUGAUCACCAGGAGCCAGGGGAGGAGCAGCGACAGUAUCGACAUUCAGCCUACCGCCAGUUUGUGCUGUGGCAGCAUGGCCGCCUUGGAAUAGGGAACAGGGUGGUCAUCCCAAGCUGUUGCGUGUGGAAAAUUAGAGACUGCUUUCCUGACCCAAGGGGUCAGUACACGGGAUUUAGGGUGACACGUCAUGUCUGAAUGUUUCAUAAUUUUUCCUUAUUUAUUACAAAUACUUAUUUAAAACUUAUAAUAAUAUUUGGACAUUUGAAUAGAGACAGUUUUUUCAUUGAAUGUAUUUAUUUGAAAUAAAAUAUAUAUUAUUUAAACAAG